AUGGGCCCCAUUAUUAAUGAGAUGGUGGAUAGUGAAAAUAAACCUACGCUUGCUGAAUCAGGCCAAGAUACUAAUAAUUUUGAAUUAGAAAAUUUUUCGGUAAUAUCAUCCAAUAAAAAUGAUACACAUGAGCAGGAAACGACAAAUACUACUGAGCCUAGGGAAUACUAUAAUCAAAAAUGGGUUUUAUACAAGGAUGAAAACAUUGUAAAGAAAUUUUUCAAACGAGUUUGGUAUGGCCCCAUAGAACCUAAAGAUGAUUUCCCAGUUUUCCAAAGGAAAUGGAACUUCACCAAGUAUAUUGAUGAAUUCCCAGAGAAAGUUUUUAGAAAAAAACUUGGUCGAAAAUUUACAAUAUCUCUUCUUAUCAUAUAUUUGAGUGUUUGGCUUUGCGUUGUCUGGCAAAUAUUAUAUCCCUAUUUAAUUAAAAAACCAUACCUUUACUUAUCUCCAGAUAAUAUUAAUGAUGAGGCAGAAAAAGUUUCAAUUGAUACUCUAACGUGCAAUUCAUAUAUGGAUUGGAAAGGAAAAAACAACAACUGUGGAUUGAAUGCCAAAAAUUGCCAGCCUUUUACUGAUACAGACUAUUUUAUAAGGUGUCCCGCCUUAUGCGAUAGGGGCGGGUGGACCUACUCUAGUUUGCCAGUGGGAGACCAAAGUGUAAAAUACAGACCGUAUAUUAUAGGUGGUGGCAAUAGAGCAAAGGAUGACGAUUUGCUAGACGAUAUUUUGAGCUACCCUUAUAGAGCUGAUUCUUAUCCGUGUGCAGCGGCCUACCAUUCAGGAUUAAUAUCAGGAGUGCAUGGCGGAUGUUUGAAAAUCUCUAUGAGCGGAGCCCAGCUAAAAUUUCCUUCUAAAGAUGCAUAUUAUGAUUCUGAAUCAUCAAUCCUGUUUGAUUCCUUUUUCAUUUCGUCAUAUGUUUUCAGAGAUUUGAAAGAUGCUAUAACGUCCGGCUGCUACGACCCGCGAGUUUUGAUAAUGACUCUAAAUAUAAUAUUUGGUCUACCAAUCUUUUACCUAUAUGAAAGUUUAAUAGGGUUUUGGGUUAUAACUAUGUUUGGAUUUUGGACCUUGGUAUUAUCAUUUGACAGACCUUUGGUUCCUGAUCCAAACGACAUUGAUUCUGUGCAUGAGCUUUUUAGUCUAGGCUUUCAAAGACUGUUACCGUUAUGUUUUGUUUUAUAUGUUAUGUGGAAAUCUUCUAUUAAAAGAACCAUUGAAAACGGCUCCCCACUGAUCAAGAUAUUCUGUUGGUAUCCAUUGUUUUGGUUGGGGGUUAUGAAUAAUGUUACUUUUGAUCGCCUACCAGUUGAUAGGUUGACUGCGAGUGAUAUAAAAGCUCAACCCGGGGCUUUAGUAGCAAUUAUUUCAAUAGGAUCUUCGAUAUUUAUUUGUGCAGUUAUUCAGGCAUAUUCGUUAUGGAAAUCCGGUAGAUUUCCUAAAUAUUUCAAAAUUUACAUUACUAUUAUUGCAAGUUUAGUGGCCAUGUCACUAUUGCCUGGAUUAAAUCUAAGAAUACAUCAUUAUAUUCUUGGUAUGAUACUGUUGCCAGGUUGUGCAACGAGAAAUGUGUCUGCAUAUUUGUUUCAAGGGAUUUUGGUUGGAUUGAUUUUAUCUGGAGUUGGAAGAUGGGAUUUUGCCAGUAUUUUAGAAACAAGACGUGCAUUGCUAAGAGGCGAGGCUGGCGAUGCUAUGAAACCGCCAACAUUUAUAUACAACGAAACCAUGUCACAUGUACUUUCUUGGAAUAGUUCAAAACCAAACGUUUAUGGUCAUGGGUAUUCAUUGAUUAUUAAUGACGUGGAGAGUUAUGUUGGUACAAAUACUACUGUUGAUUUGGAUGUAUUAAUGGAAGAGAAUGAGUCUUUAUCACAAUUGAUUGAAGGUGCUUUGAGUUAUGAAGAUACUGUGAAGUUAUAUCUGAGAGUUGCUCAUGCUUCAGUGUUUGAUCCAAUUAAAAAAAGAGGAGAUUAUACAAAAGCAGCUAUGCUAGAAUGGCCAAGCGGCAAAUGGAUUUAUCCUGAUGAAGGUGUUAGUUAG